AUGGCCGAUAUCAGCUCUAUCCAACAGGCCAAGACAAUUGGCUCACAGAACAAGGAUAUUCGAUACGAAGAGAGGAAAGCCGUUCGCCUUAUUAUUUCAAAUAGUCAAAACCAGAUCAUUAUCAUCCAUGUACAGAAAGGCAAUUAUUACAAGCUUCCUGGUGGUGGCAUCGAAGACGACGAAGAUCAUGCGCUAGCAGGUGAGAGGGAGGCUCUGGAGGAAACUGGUUGCAAGAUUUCGGUUGGAAACUUUCUAGGAGCGACGGAAGAAUGGAGAAACGACCUUCAUCAACUCUCUUACUGUUACAACGCCAAAGUUAUCGAAGACACGGGCGUUCUUGAGUUGACCGAGUUGGAGAUUGGAGAAGGGCUUACACACCAGUGGGUAGAUGUUGGAGCAGUUGUGAACAUGAUGAAGGCUUGUGUUCCAACGUCUGAGCUGGGGAAUUUCAUCAAGAAAAGAGAUCUUCACUUCGUUGAGAAGUUUAUGAAGUCUUGA